AUGUAAAAAUAUGGCAGCGCAAAAUGUUCUCAAAUAAAAUGAGAAAUGUAUUCCCGGUUAUACGUUAAAUGCUGUUUAUAAGUGUUCGUUCAAAGUGUAGUCUUUGCAGAUGUGUUUUGCUUUGCAUAGUAUGAGUUUUUCUUUUAUACUUAAACUUAUAAUCUUUUUUUUCGAAAAUGUCAAAACAGGGUAACAUAGAAACAAAUAAUAUUUGUGCGACCGAGGACAUAUUUGAGCAGUUUGCAGCUCAAGAAUAUGAAUCUGGCGAUUUCAUCACGCUCUCAGAACUCGUCCCUUCUUCUUACGCCAGUAAUGAGGUGAUGGACACGAUAAUUAUGGAACUGCCGAGUGGUGGAACGCAGGACCAUAGUGUGAUGGAUAUGGAUAAUAUACCGUUUACUGCCGAUGAUCAACAACUAAAUGUACAGGAAAUUAACUCAUUUCCGAGCGUUGACUCGGUGGCCCACAGUGUGAUGGAUAAUGUUUCAUUUGCUAAUGAUGACCAACAAGUAGGUGCACAAGAAAUACACUCGGAAUUGCCAAAUAAAACUUACGUAGUAUACAAUAGUAGUGAAACUAAUGUAGAACCACCUAAGAAGGCUACAAAUAAAAGAGGGAGGAAGAAAAAAUCGGAUGUAGCGGCGCAAAAAAAUACAGCACCCCAAGAUAAUUCGGACUUAAAUUACGAUAUGGUUAUCGGUGAAGACGAUUUUUUGGACCCUGUACCUCCCACUCCUACGAGAAGGGGAGUUAAAUCUUUAAAAACUUCAGUUGUCAAAGCUCCCACACCAAAGGCGUCUCCAAAACCAACAUCACCAAAACAAGGUGAGCCUCCAAAAAAACCCAGAGGCAGACCACCAAAAAUUGCACAGCCCGAACUUACAACAUCUACAGUAGAAACUAAAAGGAAGUAUGGAAGAAAAAGGAAAUCUGAUUCUGAUACAUUAGCCCUUUUAACAAGUACAAUAGAAACAAAACAGAAUAAUGAACUGAAACAUGACCCUAAUAUGCAUGGCAUAGUUCUUAAUAAUGAUAAUGAUAAUUGUGACAUAACAUCAUCAAGUAAUGUAGAUAUAAAAAGUGAUGAAUUUCUUGAUAAUGUUGUAAAAGAAGUUAUUGUGACUAAUGAAGAGACGAAAGUAGUCGAUAACAAUGUCAAUGAUGCACCAGAUAUGUGUAGUGAAAUUGUAGGUGAGGUGGAAAUCAUGACCAGUGGUAAUGAUGACGAUAACAUACCACUCGGCCAAUUGAGUAAAGUAAUAAAUAAACCUGUUCCCAAGGUACCAACAAAUGAUUAUGCAUACAAUAAAUCUAUUGAUGAAAAAACUGAUGCAAAACAAUUUUGCACAACAAAAGUUAAAAAAGGAAGGCCAAAGAAAAAAGCAAUGAAUGUCGAAGAUGAUGGAAUGGAUGAUGUAUGCUUAAGUAAAUUGAAAAAAAGUUUUAAUGAGCCUGUUAAAGAAAACGAAACCAUUGUUAAUGAGCAACAUCCAGAUAUAACUACGACCGUUCAAGAAAAUGUUGAAAUGGAUACAGCAACUCCUUCGAUUGAUUCUCAAGUAGAUGUUAGUGGGGAAACAUCUAAAAGACCUGUACGCAGGAGAGCUAAGAAAAUUUUACAUUACGAGCAAGAUUCUGAUGAAGAUCCCUUUGCCAAUGUUGAACUAUCGGACGAUGAACCGAGUUCAGGGAAAAAAGGUAGUAGAUAUCAUUCUGACGAUGAAUAUAUACCCGGAAUGGAAAAUGGUGAUAAACCUGACAAAUUAUCAGACAGUGAGGCUGAAGAUGAUUUUGAAUUUAUAAGAAAACUAAAGAAGAGGAAACUAAGUAAAAGCCCUAAGAAAAAGAUAAUUGAAGAAACUGUGUCUGCAAAAGCUGACGAGUUAGAUGAUGAUAUUGAAGGUUGUAUUGAAACAUCAGUCAUAAAACUGACUGAAGGCGAACAAUCCAGCUGGGGCACAACAAAAGAAUUUGAGAAUUUCUUGGCUAACAAGGUCGGUUCUGAUGUAUUUAUAAAGAAAUCUAAAUCCUCAAAAUCACAGAUAGCACCCUUAGAAAUUCCUGUUUUAGAUCCUAAUGAGCCAAAGACAAAAGUGGAGGCAUCGUCUCAAACAAAUGUUGUGCAUACUAAAAACUCUUUUUCGCAAACAGAAACACAAAAUGAUUUGUCAAUUAAAGAACAAGUGAAGCUUACACCUGUACAAUCAGAAAAGGCAUGUGAGUUUUUAUCUAACAUAGUAAGAACAACUGCAGAACUAGGACAACUCAUGACACAAAAGUCUGAAGAUUUUAUUGAGAAAAAAAUUAAUACUACACAUGUUACUGACACAUUAAAAAUGGACUAUUGUGUUAAAAAAUCAUUCCUAUUAUUUAAACUGGCCAAACACAAUCUCAUACAAAUGGAGGAGGACCUCGCAAGGCAAUAUGAGGACUUUUUAAACAGUCAAAAAUUGUCACAGUAUAGAGAAAAGAAAAAAGUUAUUGAAGCCAAAGUUAAGAAUGAGAGUGACAGUGAUUGUGAGAUUGUAGAGAUUUUAUCCGAUGCUAAGAAACCUUCCAAAAAGAAAGAAGAAAAAUCUACAUUUAAUCCCAAAACUGUGUUCCUGAAUAAGGAAUUGUCAAUUAAAAUUGCCAAAAAACAAACACCAUCUCUUUCCACAGAGACUAAGUCUGCUAAAAGUAUGAACAUCAAGGGAAGACAUACAGUUUGGAUAAAUGAUUCAAUAAUGGUAAAAAAAGUUAAACCCAAUCAGUCUUUUUUAGCCCAGGACAGCCGAAAUAAAAAACCACCUGAUUCACAAUUCAUCACAUUAAAAAUGGUAAAUGAUUUUUUUAAAUCAUACUAUAGACAGAAAGUUCUGUCUACAUGUGCCCCUUUUAUGGAAUGCAAUUGGUUUACAUCGAACAAGUCAUACUGUUGCUAUUAUUCAACUGAUCUUGUUCCUGCCACAAGUUCUAAAUGCACUCUGAUAGCCAACAACACUCCAAUUGUUGGAAUUCCAGAAUCCUCAACUCAUAUAAAAAUUCCUAAACCUCUUCAAACUCUUUGUGUUGUAGUACUAAAAAAACUUAUUAACUUGAAUAACAAAUUGGAUGUAAGAAAAGUGUUAAACCAAUCUGACUCUGGAGAUACUAUUAAUUGCAUAAACAACACAGAUUGUAGUGAGCCAUGCAUUCCAAAUAGUAUUAAUUACGAUGAUAAAAAUAUUGACGAUGAAAUCUCAAGCAAAGACCUGAAGAAUGAUGAUGCCGAAAGUCAAAUAAAUAAUAAAAAACUAAAGACUUUAUCCAUACUUUGCUUGCAAGUAUUACAAAAGCAUAUUUAUUGGCAGACAGAUCUAUUUUGUAAUAAUGGAGAUACCUUAGAAAACUUUGUUUGUGAAGAUAGCAUUUGUGAUGAAAAAAUUAAUACUUAUAAUGUGUCACAAAAAUUUAAUAGCAAUGUCAAGUCUUUAAGUACACUUUGCUUGCAAGAAUUACAAAAUACAAUUCCAUAUGAAUCUACUAUGACAAAAGUUUCAAGUGAUACAAUCUUUGAUUGCUACAAUGACUCAAUAGAUGAUGUAUCAGAAGACCUAUGCUAUGAGGAAAAUUAUAAUAAUUAUGAAGAGAUAGAUUGCAAUCAAACUGAAAAUAUUUACCUAAAUAAUGUAAAUAGUUUAAAAACUAUUUGUCAUAGAAAAAUUGUAGAGUUAAUAUUUAAAUACCCAGAAAUUUUGGUAACACACCUAGAACCCACUAUAAUUAACUCCUAUACUCUGAGGCCAGUCAACGAGUCAAGAAAUGAAGAGGUAAAAUCACUAUUUGCACUUUGUACAAGAUACAUACAAAAUAUCCAAUAUGUAUACAACAAACAGCAAACAAGGGUCAACAAUUUUAGAUCACACUAUGAACCUACUAUAAUUAACUCCUAUACUCUGAGGCUAGUCAAUGAGUCAAGAAAUGAAGUAAAAUCAUUAUUUUCACUUUGUACAAGAUACCUACAAAACAUCCAACUUCUUUACAGCAAACAGGAAAUAAAGGUCAGAAAUAUUUCAUCCUACACUCCAAAAUCUCUAUCUAGCUUAGCUCUGAGGUCUUUGAGGAAAAAAAUUAUGCAGGAGCCAAACAGUAUUAACCAAAAAAGAAGAAAAAAACCUCAAGUCCAGACACUAUCCAGAUUGUGCUUCAAAUUCAUUUCAUCAAUAUUGUAUAAGGAGGAAUUUAGUAUUUUAAACAAGAAGAAAAAUAUUUCGCAUUAUAAACACUCAACAGUACUUUCACUAAAGAAAUUAUGUUUGGAAAAAGUUACAAACUUUAUGGGACUACCAUGCGUAAAUGCUGAUUUAGAAAGAAAUUCCAAUGGUCUAUCUAUUACUAUAAAUAAAAUAAAUACAGUAAGUGAAGAGUUCUUCAACAAUGAAUAUGACAGUUAUGAUGAGGAUGGAGCUUAUGACAAUACAUAUCUUGGUGUAGAAAACGAUGAAGAGUCUCAUUGUGAAAUUGAAAAUAAUUAUGCUGAUUGGGAUAAUGACGAAAACAUCCCGAAUGAAGAUACUGAAUGGGCUAGUCACAUACAAAUGGGUGACCUUCGGACUUGUGGUGACGCAAGAAAGAAUAUAGAAAAUCAUGUAAAUAGUACUUCUCACGAGGAAGCAAUGUCUAUAAAUCCUCUAGAACCGAGUAUUUUAUCAAAUAUCAAACAAGAGCCAUGUGAAGAUGCUCACUACAUGCCAAAUGUAAUGACGAUUAUUAAAAAUGAACCUGAUCUAGAUGAAGCCCAUCUUAAUGACACGGAGCCAUUGCAUCGAAUAACAAAAACUGAACAUUCAUUUCUCGAGAGUACUGAAAAUAACGAACCACUCUUACUAAGCAGUUACGAUGUAAACACUUUUGAAAAAUUUGUUUCGUCAAAUAAAUUAAUGUAUUCAUUGGCCGACGGUGGCAGUCAAGACGAGGAAGAACGGCACGGCCAAGGUUUUCCCCGAUUCCGCAGACAGUAUGAACCGGAUCUUGAUGGUGACGAGGAUAAUUUUGAUAAUUUAGGUUUGCUCGUACCACAAACUGUAGAGCAAGCUAAGGACAGGUUAAUGAAUAGUAGCUCUGACGAGGAAGGCAAAUCGAAGAAAAAUGACAAAAGAAAAAACCUAAAAAAGAGAGGAAGGCCAAAAAAGGUGACUAAAGAAAUAGUACCAAUAAAAAGUAAAAAUGAGGAUGAUGUUGCCACUUUAACUAAAAAAAUGAAAGAAAGACUCCGACAAGAGGAUAACCAAGAAAAUGAAUCUGAAGAAGAUGAAAUUCCUCUUAUUUUAAGAAAGGAUAAAUCUAAAAAGAUAUCAAAUACGAAUAAAGUAGUUGAUAAAGUUGAAACAAGUAAUCAAAAUACCAUUGUCGAAAAAGAAAAAGAUAAAGAUUCACAAUCCACAAGUUACGAAAUACAAUGCAACAAUAUAGAUUCUACUGAAAAUGUAGAAACAAUGGACGAAAAAAAUGUAGAAACAAUGGACGAAAAAAAUGUAAGGAGAAGUCUUAGAAAAAAUAGCAAAUUGCAUCAAAGAAGUGAUGAAGUUUCUAAUGAUGACUCCAGUUCCAUAAAUACCGGCGUAUCAGAAGAUGUAGAAAGCUCCCAUUGUGAGGAAUCAAAGGAACAGGAAAACCCUAAGAUGAAUAGCAAUAGUAAUUUGGAUUUAAGAAGAAGUCUAAGAAAAAGUAAAGUCGGGAAGGAAGAUCCAAAAAGCGAAACACUUAGUGAUAAAUGUGAUGAAUCCACUUUCAAUAGCAAUGAUGUACCAGAAGCCAUUGAAAGUUCAAGAAUCGAGGAGCAAAAUAAUGAACAGUCUGAACCAGAAAGUUACACAGAUGCGGUGGAUAUGAAUGAACCUAUCGAACUACUUGAAUGUGAACCAACUUUGCCACUUUUAGACUCACAGGCUGAUACGAAUCGGAAAGCAAAGGUAAAGAAAACCCAGAAAGGUAUUGACGAUACUUCAGCAUCUGACAAAGGCAAAGGAAUAGUAAUUCGCAAUGGUUGGGAGUGCUACCCUAUGGAUCGCUCGGACGCGAAAUUAUAUAACUAUGCAAGUGUUAGCCUAGAAAAACUGCCAGAAUCAUUUGUCGAAACAUAUUUCAAGUAUAUAAACUUAGAUAAGGACAAAGAUGAAGAUGAUAUUGAAAUAGAUAGGUUGACAAAUCUGCAAUCAUUAAAUAGAGAGAAGGUUAAAAGCAAGGAAGUGACCCGUCGUUCCAAGACGAAGAAAACUUUGUCCAGUGAUCCUUCAGAAGCGGUGACUAACAUUAAGCUCGAACUUGAAGCGGAAAACGCGGACGAGUUGACGGCAUCAGAGGAUGAAAUUGAUAAUACCGAUGAAAUGCUACCACCAGUACAAGAGAAUGAUGCCGAAAAUUAUUUAGCAAAAAGCUUGCUUAUGGGUGAUAAUGACAGCGAAACCGAAGAGGCGAAAGGUCCCAAAACCCCCGAGGAAAGUAAAGAAAAACGCAGGCCCGGGCCAAAGUCGAAAACUAGAGUUAAGACUCCAACCAGUAAUGUCAAGAAAGAAGACGGUGAUAUCCUCUUAACAGCAGAUAGAAUGAUGAAUUCGGAGCUCGCUUUACUUCACGCGCCUGUUACCAGUCUAACAGAUCAAAUGAUUAAAGAAGACAAAGAUUUCACAAAGAAAAAUAAACAGCAUAAAAAUAAGACAAGUUCUAAAAGUCAUACAACGACUGUUCACAUCAGGAAGGAUGAUGAUUCUUCCUCUGAAGAGGAGAAACAAUGGGUGACUACCAAGGAGAAACUAUUGAGACGAUUGGAGAAAAAGCAAGAAAAUCACAUAGACGACGCCAAACGCGCUAAGAUUGUUAGCGAAUAUAUAGAGAAACGACGCGAGGACGGUCCGGUCAGUCAGAACGUGCUGCGCCGACCGCGCCGAGGACGGUCCAAGAGGGACAGAAGGAAGCUGCUGGAACGACGGAAACAGAUGAAAGUUCUAUCUCGCGAGCUAUGCGGUGAGGAUGGGUCGUCGUCCAAGAGAUACUCAUAUUCAUAUGGCAAAGGACGUCGAAAUAUUAGAAAGGUUAUAGACAAAAAAUCACUAGCUCGGAAUACAGUGCUAGCUAACAUUGAGGAAUUCGAACGCAAGAGAAGACUGUCCAUGCGAGAGGCUCAAUUGAAAGAGACGUUAGGGUUUGAGGAAGACGUGAACGUGGUUGUGAUAAACGACGAGCUAUGCCUGGAGUACGACUUCGAUAACAACCAGCCCGCCGUCACCGUGCAUCCGUUCUUCACUAAAGUCAUGAAGGCGCAUCAGUACGAAGGUGUGAAGUUCAUGUGGGAUGCUUGCUUUGAGACAGUUGAGACUGUGCAAAAUGGCGGCACCGGGGGCGGCUGCAUCCUAGCACAUUGCAUGGGGCUCGGCAAGACGCUGCAAGUUCUGGCUCUACUGCAUACGGUGUUAACUCACCCGGGCGUGGCGAUGCAGAGGGUGCUGGUGUGCUGCCCGCUGUCCACCGUGCUCAACUGGGUGGACGAGAUACAUAAGUGGAUUGGACCCGUCACCAAUCAGAUCAAGCAACGUAAGAUAAGACGGAAGCUACAGGUGUUCGAGCUAUCCAAGCUAAAGAAGACCUAUGAACGAGCAUACCAGCUAGAGGACUGGUACAACGGAGGAGGCAUCUUUAUUAUAGGCUACGAGCUGUUCAGAUCUCUGUCCACCCUUGAUCCAGUGCUCGAUGACGUCAGACCGACCAUCGUGAACAAGAUUAGGACGGCAUUACUGGACCCAGGUCCGGAUAUAAUCAUCUGCGACGAGGGGCACCUUCUCAAGAACGAUAUGUCGGUGCUGGCCGUUGCUAUGAGCAGAGUUGUCACCAAACGAAGGAUAGUACUGACUGGGACGCCCAUGCAAAAUAAUCUAAGGGAAUACUACUGCAUGGUGAAUUUUAUUAAACCUAACCUGCUUGGGACCUACUCGGAGUAUUCUAAUAGAUUUGAGAAUCCCAUCAUGAACGGUCAACAUCGCGACUCCAUGGAGGAAGACAUUAAACUGAUGAAGCAGAGAACUCACAUCCUUCACAAGGUUUUAGAAGGAUGCCUGCAAAGACAAGAGGCUUCUGUACUGUACCCGUACUUGCCCAAGAAAUACGAGUAUACAGUCUUCAUAUCACUCACUCCGUGCCAAUGGGAUCUUUACAAGCACUAUAUAUCGCAAACUAGAGGGAUGUGUAAAGGGAACAAGCAUAAUGUACUGAAGGAUUUUCAUGUACUGCAAAAGAUAUGGAGCCACCCCCAAGUGUUGCAUCAUUUCCAGACGAAAGGACGAGACGAGGAGAAACUUAAAGCCGAGAAGAUAGAAGACGAACUCCUCCGCGACGACCUGGCCGCGUCUGAGGACAUCAAGCCCACGCCGACGGACGUGUGGUGGCUGCAGUACCUGGAAGGCGGGACCAUGCUGGACGACCUGGACAGCUCCAACAAGUUCCUCGUCGUAUUCCGACUGCUGGACGAGUGUGUGGCGCUGGGGGACAAAGUGUUGAUAUUCUCCACGUCGCUGUACGCGCUCGACGCUCUGGAAUACUUCCUGCGGCGGAUCAACGGCUGGUCGCUCGGACAUGACUACUACCGACUCGACGGCUCCGUCCCCGCCGAGGUGCGACAGAAGUGGUGCAGAGAGUUCAACGAUGAGAGUAACACGCAUACUAAAUUGUUCCUGAUCUCAACUCGCGCGGGCUGCCUCGGCCUCAACAUGACGGCGGCGAACCGCGUCAUAAUACUGGACACGUCGUGGAACCCCGCGCACGACAUACAGAGCAUCUUCCGCGUCUACCGCUUCGGCCAGAAGAAGGACUGCUUCAUAUACCGCCUGGUGGCGCUGGGCACAAUGGAGCAGAAAAUGUACGAGCGGUCGGUGACGAAGCAGGCGGUGGCGUGCCGCGUCGUCGACGAGCAGCAGAUAGACCGGCACUACAACAUGGCCGAGCUCAGCGAGCUCUACAACUACGACGAGGAAGGCCUAUCCGUGGACGCGGGUCUCGCGGCGGGCGUGCGCGACGCGGCGCUGCUGCGCGUGGCGGCGGCGCUGCAGGGGCGGGCGGGCGCGCUGCACGCCGUCCGCGAGCACGACUCGCUGCUGCGCGACACCGACGCCCGUCUGCCGGAGCACGAGCGCGCCGCCGCCUGGCAGCAGUUCCAGCAGGAGCACGCCGGUAACGAGGAGCAACCUUUAGUUAAAAUACCAAAGAAAGUCAAACUAAAAAUUAACGAAACAAAAGAAGCGCCUCCUAACCCAACCGAGAGUAUAGCAGACUCGAAACCGUCUCGAAAACGAGGCAGGCCGCGGAAAUUCUCCCCCGACAGGAGCGAGCCGUCUACUAGCAAACCGAACUUUAGUGUAACGCAGGAGAUUAUAGUCGAUAAAAUUAGGGAGCUACUCGUCCAGCAUAACGCUAUGCACGCGACGCAGGCUGACAUCGCCAGAAUGAUCGGAGACGUCAGGCAAUAUAUCGUCGAUCCGACUAGCGAUAUCGGCUCCAAUCCCCUGGUAAAAGAGAUAGCAGAUGUGCUCCUCCGACAAAACAUACCGCCUUUGACCGAUUGUAUAGAGUUGACAACUACAGACGAACCCGAAAUGAUACUAGGCGAUUCUGACACGAGGAAUCUAGAUGAUAAUGUCCAGACGCUCUCCGAUAGCGAAGCUACACUGAGCGACACAGAAUUCGAAGAAAAGAAACGGAAGAAGUCAAAGACGGAUGACGACUACGUCCCCCCGCUGUAUUACAAAAUGGAUGAACCGUUUGUAUGCGGAAAAAGUAAGGGCAGAGGUCGACCGAGGAAGAACUUUGAGAAAACACCGCCGGAAAAGACUAGGACGACGCCGCGGAAUAAAGACGCCACAGUCAACAACACAGUCAAUGUACAAACUGGUGACUACAGUGAGCUAGCCGGGGUACAUACUAUUGAUGAUGGUAUCAAUGAGGACACUAUAGAUAUCAGUGACGAUGACUCUGUAGAACAAACGCCCGCUCCUAAUAGCCGAAAAACAACAAAAAAAGCGACGAAAACGCCCGAAGCAACAAAGAAACCAUCUGAAACGAAUGAGCUGCCCAGCGAUAUAUUGCUGCCAACAAAAACUGCUGCUGAAACCAUUCCGCUGCCAAAAUCGCUGCUCGUAGAUAAGAAGUUUAUCAAAAUCGUGGCACAUAUGUAUGUAUCGAGCAGUCCCAUUCUGGAUGAAGAUGCUGCGACGCGCGCGGCCGAGUACAGCACUGCGAAGGCUUUAAGAGAAUUGAACGAAACGGGAGAGAAAAUCGUCAGUGGAAACCUACACGAAAUAGCACUAAAGGUGUAUGGACCUGAAGCAUUGAAGAGAUUAAACUUACGAGAAGACUUCGAAACCAAGUCAAAGUCAUAUGAAGUUACUGCCAGUUAUAACGAUAAUAGUAGUAGUAGCCAAUCAAGUGGAAGUAAGAAAAAGCCAGCAAUUCUAAAGAAAAAGACACAGAAACCGUCAAAAACACAAGAAGAAGCACCCUCGAUUGUUGCAGAGUCAAAUAAAACCCACAUAAUUCUGGAGCCCGAACAAGAAAUUCCUCAGCCAAUGCUUGCUCAACGACCGUUAAAAACGGUUGCCAUUACGCCCUUGACUAAUAAUAGCUUUGAUUUCAAAGUUACAUCAGGGCCAAGUAAUAAUCACACAGAGGUGUACCAAGUUCCUACGUCUACCCCCUGUAUUGUACCUACUGCAGUGAGAGAAGAAAUUAUACCUGCGUCAGCACCUAGUACGGAGAGAGUUGUGCCUGUGGGAAUGUUCACGGGCGCAGGCACCAUAGCAGUGCCGAGUUCGAGGGAGGAAUCUAUUUUACCGGACGAUGACGACAUAAUGGUGAUACCACUCGACCCACCGUUGUCGGCCGGGCCCUCGAAACCACUAGAUGACUUAUCGAUCCCAAGACAGCAAGACAAAGUGCUCCAACCGCAACAAUUCCUUAUAAGCACAGGCCCACCGUCGAGUGAUGGCCCCACGCUCGCUUAUUCUACGCCAACUGAGCCCACGGCCAACCCAGCGCCAGCUAACUCGACGCUCGCUAAUCCACAUCUUGUUUCAAUGCUAGCUAAUCCGACGCCAGCUAAUCCGCCGCCAGCCAACCCGACGCCAGCAAAUCCAGCGCAACCCAAUCCAGCGCUAGCUAAUUCUAUAGUACCUAUCAUGGUAACCGACCCGCCCGUAGCUAAGACUAAACUACGAACACAAUCUAAGUCGUUGCCCAAAGACGCAAACAACAAAACGGAAAUCUCGAAGGUACUACCGCAGCUGCCCCCAACAGCUAAGGGUAAACGUACUUACCUGAUCAAGACGGCGGACCUAGAGGCGGCCUUAUCUAAGUACCCCGAAGGCCAAGGACCGACUAUACACUUGGACAGUGGCAAAGUUAUGGUCCCGGUGCAAUUCAUAAAGCAGGCAAAAAAUCAAGGCGACGGUGGAAACUUACUCAUAACCAAGGUGCCCACUAGCAACCAGAACGUUUUCGUACCGCUUCCGAGCUCCAGUAAUACGAAGCAGGCCAAACCGACUACAGACACUCAAGUCGUGUACGAUUCGAUUUGUCUCGAUAGUGACGAAGAGGACACUGGCCCGCCUCCACCGAAAAAAACGGAAACGAUACUUGGGUCUUCGAGAUUCGACCUCUUGCAGCUAAAGAAAACCGAGCCGAAACCUAAAGAUACCAAGCAGCCGGAGAAAAAAGCGACGCUGGAUCUCUCGCAGUUCAAGAAAGCCGAGCCGAAACCUAAAGCAGAUAUCAAACAGCCGGAGAAAAAAGCGACGCCGAGUCCUGCGAAAACGGAUAAACCUAAAACUUCAAGCGAUCUGAAGCUCGCCUUCGAUAAAGAUAAGAAGAAAAUCACUUUCAUACCUUCAAAUCCGGCAGCUAAAAAACCAGAGACUCCUAAAAAGGAUACAAAAGCGGAAUCGAUUCGUCCAAACUCGAUGGUCUUUGACGACGGAGCGUCUAUCGAAUUCGUUUCUCUAUUCGAUAAUAUCACUCCCAUGACACCUGCAAAACCUACACCCCCCGCGAAACCUACACCUACCUCAAAAUCAACGACCCCUGCAAAAUCUACACCUCCAGCAAAAUCUAUACUCCUCCCAAAAUCUACACUUCCCGCAAAAUCUACAACCCCCGCAAAACCUACACCCCCCGCAAAACCUACACCCUCCGCAAAAUCUACAGUCCCCGCCAAAUCUACACUACCUGCAAAAUCUAUACCUGUUACCGACAAAAGAGCACAUGAGAAACCUAAAACAGACGCCCCAAAGUACCAACCUAAACCCAAAAGUAAGCAAACAGCGCCUCAGACAAAUCUCGGCAUGAUCGAUUUGACACACUUCGAUGUGGAAUCGAAAAAUAAUACAAGUACUAAAGUCACUAAAGGGAAAUCUAUAAGUGGUACGUCCAAGGACAUAUUUAUAACGAAUGUUGGGAAACUAUCCACAGAUAAAACGAAGAUAUUGAAUAAGGAAAUAGAUUUGACAGGAGGUGAUGUGACUAAAGUGAUAAACAUUAAACCAUCCACUAGUUCUGCUAGUUCUAGUGUGAAGAGAACCAAGAAACCGGAGAUCAGUACACCAGUAAAGAAACCAAAACUCGAAGUAAAGAGUAAACCUUCUUCAGCUCUCAAAUCUCUAAUGGAUUUAACAUUUGACGACAUUGACGACAUCGUCGAGUUAGAAUAAGAAGAAAAAAAUUAUA